AUGGCCAUUUCGUAUGCAAGCAGGGCACCGGCCGCCGGUCACCCUCAAACGCUUCCAUCAUUUCGCGAACUCCUCCCACCGCACCUCCAUGAAGAGAUCGACUCCUCCGCGUCAUACUAUGCCUCCCGUCACCAAUCGCAGGAGCGUCCUUCCUCCGGCCAUGAAAUGGCAGCCGAUCCCAGAUCAAUGCCCGGCUUCUCUCCUAAUGCCUCUUCGAAAACAUCUUAUGGCGAAAAUUCCCGCGAAUAUACAACCCGUGCAGGCGAGCACUCACCCCGACCGAUGGGCGAUCACCUAUCCAUGAGACUCGGGGACCAUGCCUCGCGAGGCCCUAGUCCGAUUCUUCCACCCAUACGGGACCUUCAACCCAUGCCAGACAGGAAAGGAUAUCCUGAUAAUAGAAUGGCCGCCCCUCGCUCCGACCCAUUUGCACAAGAAUAUCGUUCGGGCCAGCCAGGUCCGAUUCCGGGAGCGAUGGGCGAUCGACGAAAUGCGGAGCCUUAUACAAACACAGUAAUGCACGGCCAACCACCCUAUGGACACCCAGCUAUGCCCUACCCCGGCGACCCCGAGCAAAUGUCGCCAGCAAUGAUGACGCACCCGCAGCAGGCCAACUUUGGCAUCAUGGGUGACCCGAUUGAUCCCAAGACGAAGCGUCGACGGGGUAACUUACCUAAACCAGUGACGGAUAUCUUGCGGGCCUGGUUCCAUGAGCAUCUAGAUCACCCAUAUCCUAGCGAAGAGGAUAAGCAGAUGUUCAUGACUCGAACUGGCCUAUCGAUCAGCCAGAUCAGCAACUGGUUUAUCAACGCACGACGGAGACAGCUUCCAGCACUGCGGAAUCAAAUGCGAAGCGGUGGAGGCGAUGCCGACUCUUCCAGGCACUCUCCAUUUAGCGACAUUGAUCAAGAGCCGCUACCCUCAUCGCACCACUAA